CAGACCGCUUCGGGCGCCGGCGGCGAGGAGCACGCGCACAAGACACCGUGCGCCGCGCGCUGUCUUCGAGGCGCUAACCGCGGCGGCAGCCGCCGCUGCGCCUCCCCGAGGCAGGCGCGUUGUGGUGCGCGCAAUCGAGGCGGCGGCGCGAAGCAGCAGCAGCAGCGAGACGAGAAUUACACGAAGGCAGCAGCAGCUCGGCCGGCUCGCCACAGUACCCGCGCGGCUCUUCAGACCGUGCGUUAGCCGCCCUGUGUGGAUGUCAGUGGCUCCGCGUCAGCGCGCGCUCUCCCAAUGGAUACCGCCUCCGACAAUCAGCCCUUCCACCGUCGGUGCAGGCUGCAACCUCUUUUCGUUCGGACAUCGGCGACGACACGCCGGCAGGCGUGAUGGGCGUCGGGUCGCGCGGUGUGCGGCCCGCGGCAGCGUAGCAGCAGUAGCCAGCCACCAGCAUGAACCUGGACGCCGAGAACCGCGUCGUACUCAACGUGGGCGGCAUCCGGCACGAGACCUACAAGGCGACCCUCAAGAAGAUCCCCGCGACGCGCCUCUCGCGGCUCACCGAGGCCCUGGCCAACUACGACCCCGUGCUGAACGAGUACUUCUUCGACCGCCACCCGGGCGUCUUCGGACAGAUACUCAACUACUACCGCACGGGCAAGCUGCACUACCCAACCGACGUGUGCGGGCCGCUCUUCGAGGAGGAGCUCGAGUUCUGGGGACUCGACGCCAACCAGGUGGAACCCUGCUGCUGGAUGACCUACACGCAGCAUAGGGACACGCAGGAGACGCUGGCCGUACUGGACCGGCUAGACCUGGACACGGACAAGCCGAGCGAGGAGGAGAUCGCACGCAAGUUCGGCAUGGAGGAGGAGUACCUCGCUGGCACGCUGUCCUGUUGGCAGCGGGUCAAGCCAAAGAUCUGGUCGCUGUUCGACGAGCCGUACUCUUCCACCGCCGCCAAGAUCAUCGGCGUGAUGUCCGUGUUCUUCAUCUGCGUCUCCAUCCUGUCCUUCUGUCUCAAAACCCACCCCAACAUGCGCGUGCCAGCCAUUAAGAACAUCACCGUGCAGACGUCGGAGAGCGCCGUCGCGUGGACGCUGGACAAGAUCCAGACGAAUCCGCACGACGCGUUCUUCUACAUCGAGUGCGUCUGCAACGCCUGGUUCACCUUCGAGAUCAUCAUUCGCUUCGUGGCCAGCCCCAGCAAGCUGGACUUUGUGCGCGGCGCGGUCAACAUUAUAGACUUCACGGCCACGCUGUCCUUCUACAUCGACCUCACACUCCAGAAGCUCGCCUCGCACCUGGAGAACGCCGACAUACUAGAGUUCUUCUCAAUCAUCCGCAUCAUGCGACUGUUCAAGCUCACCCGCCACUCGGCGGGCCUCAAAAUCCUCAUACAGACAUUCAAGGCCAGCGCCGGCGAGCUCAUUCUGUUGGUAUUCUUCCUGGUGCUGGGCAUCGUGAUCUUCGCCAGCCUCGUCUACUACGCCGAGCGGAUCCAGUCGAACCCCGAGAACGACUUCAACAGCAUACCGCUCGGCCUCUGGUGGGCCCUGGUCACUAUGACCACAGUGGGCUACGGCGACAUGGUGCCCAAGACUUACGCCGGCAUGUUCGUGGGUGCGCUGUGCGCGCUGGCCGGCGUGCUGACCAUCGCGCUUCCCGUGCCCGUGAUCGUGUCCAACUUUGCCAUGUUCUACUCGCACACGCAAGCGCGGGCCAAGCUGCCCAAGAAGCGGAGACGUGUGGUGCCCAUCGAAGUGCCCCGGGGACCUCACCGCAGGCCGCCCGACGUCAAGAACACCAAAGACGCUUGUAAGGCGGGACGGCAGCAGCAAGUGAUGGCCGACCUUCCCAGGAGGAAUCAAACGAUACGCACCAGGGGUCCGGGCAACGGGGAAGAGUGCGUGCCGAUGCUGAUGCUGAACCAUUCGGAAACUGCCCAGGAGACGACGGGCCGGACGCCGCCGCGCCGAACGAGCAGCUCCGCCGACCGCAACGCCAAGCUCCUUGAGAUGGGCGCCUCAAGCAUCUCUCCAGCUUCCCACGUGGGCUGCGGCAGCGGUGGCGGCGGUUCGACGGCGACGGACGGCGGGAGCGGCGGCGGCAGCUCGUCGGCGGCCGUCAACCCGUCCUCGACCACGGCCAACCUGAUACAACUGGUCGGCGGCGGAGGUGGCGCGGAGAGGGUGCACCGAGGCAGCGCCACAUCGGCCGCCUCCAUCAUGGCCAUCGCCAACAAGAUCGAGACGUGAGGCACGCGCCUCGCGGCCUGCCGACGCCACGUCGCUGUGGCCGCUUUUCUCUUUAAUCUGGUGCAAGUUGCGACUCUUUAGAAACACAGACUCGUUAAUGAAUGGUGCAGAAAUGUGGUGGUGUGCUUGUUGUGCUGGUGUGUACAUAAUGCGAGGAGUGAGUGCUGGUGAAAAACUGUGGAUACGCCACGUUGUGCCCUGAGGAAGCAUCGCAUCACGGCAAACGACAGGACUGAGCAAGCCAACGGGCGGGAAGGGAAGAUGGCGGACGCGCCUCGUGAGAAGAACGGGAGGACCACCACAUCGUUGUUUCGUCUUUCUUUUUUUAAUUCGUGCUCAUGUCUAUGUCUUUCUUUCUUUUUUUAUUAUUGAUUUCCUUUCUGUGUCUCAUCCCGUUUCUUCGGCGUAUCGUGCCACAGUUGACAUCGAUUUGCAAUUAUACGUUGUUUUUCUUCGCGCACCUUUUUUUACAAGACAUGAGGGCGGCUUCCGAAGUGGGGACCUUACUUAACUGUCUUUUAGACAGAAUGAGCUUGUACCCUCUGUACUUUAAGCUCCAGUCUAUAUAUUAUGGCCGCGGGCGUUUCCGAGCCCUCAGAGAACGUGUUGCCAUUAAUUGAUCAUCAAAAGGCUCAAGAACUUCGAUUACUUUCUCCAUAGGACUAUUAUACCGUCACAGAAACUCAUUUGACAGAAGAGGAACGAACGCCAAUAGCUACUCAUUGCUCAUUCCCACAUAGCGUUAAAAAAAAACGUAGGGCUUGCCGGAAGCUCCAGCAGACUUUGUCAAAGGCUACCUUCAAUAGUUACCCCAAAUGUAACCCAGACAAAAAUUGUCUUGAACUGAUGACGACGUUUCUAGGGUUGUGUUCCAAUUCUGGCCAUCAUUGAAGACAGUCUACAUUGACUAAUAAGAAGACAGCUUUGAGUCCAAGUAAUGGGACCGUCUGGAAGACGUCUGGAAAACGUGACGCCAGUUCGCAUUGACAAGAAAAUGCUAAGAAAAUUACAUAUUAUUUCUGUAUUUUAACAGCUUGUUCUCACGAUCCUGUGAAAAAAACAACGUCGCUUUCAUUAAGCGUUUAAGAAACCGUGACUACGUUUUCCUGUACGUAGACAACGUUCCCUUCGAGUUUCCAAGUCUUCUGCUCAGCCUCCAUCUUGUUUAGACAGAAAAGUAAAGCCUGCAUAGUUUUUUUUUAUGUGAUUAUUCAAUGCCGUAUUUGCAAAGUUGUCUCUUUUGCUGGCUUCGUUAGAAUUCGAACGAGACUUAAGAUGGCCGCUGUCCGCAAAGCUGUCAAUUUAGCCGUCUAUGGCGAUUAUUGGAACACAGCCCAGGAUGGAUGAAAUAUUAAAGAAACAAAAGGCGGGUGAACAAGUGCUGACCUCAAGCGGGGAAACGCGGCAGCUUACACGAACGUAACGGAUAGAUUUUCGGCUUUGUAUUGCCGAGACUGAUUUGUUUCGCGAGUUGGUGACGUCAUCGUUACAGGGCCUUUCUUGGCGGAUGCGCCGAAGUAAUUUCACAGACUGCUAACUUAUUUGUUGGAACGGUCCCGACAGCGUAUCAGUAGUUGCUGUCCCCGAUAUCACGCUCAUCGAGGACGUACGAUACCGGACGUGCUGUUCCGUGGCCCACUAUAAUAUCCUAGGCCGCGAUAGGGAGUGGUUGUACGAGUGGGUACAGACAAUACUUAAAUUUGUCGCUGAGUACUAUGCGACCGUGCUGUGAGAACGAUAGGGAAAUGUGAUAGAGCACAGAAGUUCUUACGGUUGUCUACCCUUUCGACGCCCUGCUUAAACAGCACAAAUUAUUUUGACACAAAAAAUCUCCUCUUGUGUAAAUAACUACUUCCGCUCGUUAUGUAGUUUCAAGCCAACAAACCUCUAAGUAUUUUCCAUGGAAGAGAAAAAAAAAACAUAAGGAUAGAUACGUGAAGUAUGGCAGGCUCUAGUAAAAGGCAUGCUUCUUGAUUUUUUCUUUGCUUUUUCUUUUUCUUUGAGCAAGGAUUGUCAAGCCCGAAGUGAGAUAAAUGCGUAACUCCAAGCUUGUAUUUCUCUAUAUAGUCUUCUUUUUCUUCGUCACGUGACGAGAGUGAUCACCUUCGAUUAGCGGCAAGGACCAGAGUUUGUCUCGAAACAAAGCCAUAACUGCAUGUUCCAAAAUGUUGCUCAACGGAUGCACGGACCUUCGGAAAUCGCUUUAUUUGUGUUGCUUACUUUUUGUUUUCCCCCUCCUCCAAUCGUCAGUGAUGUCAUCAACUCUGUUCGAAAGUAUAACACAAGUACCUCGUGAAAACCGCGACUUAAAAGCAUCUUCAAAAAGGAAUUGAGCCAAAUAUGACGUCAUUUUGAAAAGCAUGGCUACUUUCUUUUCCAUGAAAUUAAAUGUUCUUACAGAACGACAUACAAAGUGUCUACUACGAAAUUGCUGCCUGCAAAAAUGGUCUUGCAUCCAGAGCUCUCCCAGAGUCGACGAAUGCGGUCCUAAGUCUUGUGCGUUCAAAUUGAGUGCAGACUACGUGCCUCCUCGUAUAUAGAAAAGGCAAACGUUACUAUUUUCAGGACUGUGAGGUGAACCAAAAACCCAGCGAUAUGCGCGUAAGAAUUCGGGUAUUUAGCAACAGGCCUCGAAAACAUGUGAUAAUGAAACAAAACCUGGUAUUGUAUCAUUGCUUUUUUUUUUUCAUUUCACGUAACAAAAACUGCAUAAUCACAACCAAGCUGCGCCAAAUGUAUAUUGCUCAGUUUAGUAAGCUCUUUUCACUUACAUAUCGUUAUAGCACCCUCAACUGUGACAAGUUUAUCUUCGCGUAUACCUUAUUUUUGCCUUCUGAUAGCAAGCUCUUACGAAAACGCGGCGACGUUUUGUGAGAGGUCAGUCAACCGUCUCGAUGGGGGCGCAGACGUGACACGUUUGAUAGCAAACGAAAUAUUAACGUGUCAUUGUACGUAAUUCGUGGGCAAAAUACGCGUUUGCACAGAUCUCGCAAUCUUUCGCUUACUUUACGCAUAUAGUUUCGUACUACAAUCACUAUAGGGAACUUUGGCACGGCAUUCGUUCAUUUCCGUGGGAAUGAUCGGAAUGAUGGUUAGCACGCGGAUAUGCUUAACCUUUGUACUUGUGGCUCAAGUCGUUCUUCUGACUCGAUUAAUUGCGUGGGUACGUGAUCAGCGCAAUUUUUUUCGUUAUUGUUGAAUCACUUUUCGAAAUCUCAAGGCCGUUCGAAGCCAGAAGGAUGAAGCUUGCGCAAAUCCAAGCACUAACCGUCAUUCUCAUGCUGGCAGAAGCGCCACGUUCGCGGCUCCCGCAGACACUAGCGCCAUAGUUCCCUCUAGCGAGUUUUGUAGUAAACUCGCUUCUCUAAACAUGGCCUCCGAGAUUUGGCGGCACGGCGCUCUGCCCGAUCUCGGAGGCUAUGAGUUAACUCAUAAAACGGGCCGCAACGCAAGGACGACCGCACUGUGUGGCAGAAGAGAACAAAAAGCUCGAAGCAUACGCACGGUUUCUUACUCUUCUGGUAACAUAGUUUAGAAGUGCAUCCACAGGCGCAUCCGAACGAAGGCUGCGUGUAAGGCAGCGUCAUUGCUCUAUGAUAGCACCGUCAUUUUACUUGCUUACGCGCGGAAUCGCUGCGAAAGCACUUCAGAGCUCCGAAAACGGCUUACAAACGGCAUCCAAAAAGUGGUGGCUGUUUCACACCUUUCUGACCUCGGCGCUUUCACGAGAAGUGGCCUUCACCUUUCAUUUCUUUAAAUGGCGUUAGAAAUUAUAAGGCUUCGCACGAUUCGUAUCAUUCAACGUAGCAAACCUUGAAAUUCCGUCAUUUUGAAGACGGUGAUGUGCUUCGCUGAGAGCAGCGCAAAGGACCAAGAAUUUCUUAUAUGUCUCCUUGUAGAGAAUUUCAUGUGCUUAAAGUCAUCAAAAAGGAAGUUUUAGGAUGUUCACACAGGAGAACGUCAUUUUUCUUGCACAUGCCUUAAGAAGUUUGUACUUAAGCCAAAAAGAAAAAAGAAGCACUGCACUCAGAAGUCACGUAUCAACGAUUGUGUAAUUAAGCAAAACGUUGCAUUUACGUAACGAGCAAAAAACAAAAACAGAAAGAAAGUGUAUAAAGCGUUGGGCGUGUUCGCUUAAUCUGUGCUCUCCGCAGAUACGUUGUGUAUACAAUGUCACAAGCUCGUCUAAUACAUUCACACAUACCGUAUAUAUAUAUAUAUGUAUAUCUACCAGAGUACACAUACACACACAUCAGCGGGUCCCAAGCGUCACUAUGGUGCCUUUUUUCUAAAUUUAACUAAUGCAGUUUUACCCUGUCUAUACCUCCAUAGAAGCCAUCAAUGUAUUCUCACCACGUAGUCAUUUCACUUGUUGAAGUAGAGGCUUUCUCGCAUACGGAAGAAUACCUCGAACACAGUCGCACUCGGAGACGUGGGAAUAAAGCCUGACGAAGUGAAAAA